CUGUGUGAGCUGCGCCCUGUUUACCCUCCCACUUCCUUGUUCCACUUGGGCACGAGGGCCAUAAACCGCCCGGCUGGCACGGCCGGGCCCUCGGCGGCACGGGCAGGAGGAAGAGGAGGGAGGAGGAUGGCAGCCAGCCCCCUGCUCCGCCGCGCCAGGAGGGCACCCCGGGUGCCACCGUGGUGGUUGGGAGCGCAGCCCUGGCCCUAGGGCUGGCCACCCUCAUGCCCGCUGGCCAGCCUCAUGCCGGAUCCCGGGGAGGUGCCAGUGUCCUGGUUUGAGGAGAGGAGAACGGAGAAGAACAAGACCUACUUCUCCUUCUUAUCGGACUUCAGGGGCCACAACGCGACGGCCCUGCGGGUGGGCGAGUCCUCUGCCCUGGCCUUCAUCUUCCUGCUGGCCUUGGUGGGAAACAUCUGGGGCAUCUGGCUGCUGGUGCGGCGGCGGUGCCGGCUGCGCGCCGCCAACUGCCUGGUCCUCAACCUCUUCUGCGCCGACCUGCUCUUCAUCACCGCCAUGCCCUUCAUCGCCGUGGUGCGCUGGACCGAGUCCUGGCUGCUGGGUGACACCGUCUGCCACAUGCUCUUCUACCUGGUGGGCCUCAGCGGCACCGUCAUCAUCCUCUCCCUCUCGGCCGUCAGCCUGGAACGCUUGGUCAGCAUCGCCCGCCUGCGCCAGGCCGCCCUCCGCCGCCCCAAGGCGCUGGCCGCCGCCCUCCUCCUCAUCUGGGCCUUGGCCGCCGUCGCCACCCUCCCGCUCUGCUGCUUCUUCUGCGUGGUGCGGCUGCCCGCCGCCGCCGGGCAGGAGAUGCAGAUCUGCACCUUGGUGUGGCCCAGCAUCGGAGGAGAAAUAGCCUGGGACCUCACCUUUACCAUUGUUUUCUUUCUGGUGCCGGGGCUGCUCAUCAUCAUCAGCUACUCCAAAAUCCUACAGAUUACAAAGGCAUCAAGAAGGAGUUUAAACGCUGGUUUAGCCUACUCGGAAAGUCAUCGGGUUCGAGUUUCCCAGCAAGACUACAAACUAUUCCGAGCCCUCUUUGUGCUGAUGAUCUCUUUCUUCAUCAUGUGGAGCCCAAUUAUGAUAACUAUUCUUUUAAUUUUAGUCCAAAGUAACACAGAAGAUUUCAAAAUUUCACCAUCAGUUUUCUUCUGGAUAAUCCUAUUCACUUUCGCCAACUCUGCUCUCAAUCCCAUUUUGUACAACAUUGCCCAUUUCAGACGGAAGUGCCAGGAAAUCUUCCUCUGUUGCACGAGGAGCCCCGCGGGGCACGGGGCUGGCAUAGACAGCACUGCAAGAAGAAGUAACCAGGAACAACCACCUCUCUUUUUCAUCACCAGAUAAUCAUUUAACUGUCCACCUACACUGUCCCAGGCUGAAUAGGUCACUGUGUUAUAUUAUUAAAUGCCAGAGAAGGGGAAAAAAAGAGUGAAAUCUGUAUUUUUAAUUCUUGCAGGUAAAAUUCUCUUGGCCUGGCUGCUUUGCCUCAGUAAGAUUUGGACAAUUUAAUCCAAUGGACUGAAUUCUCCACUUACACUGAAAUAAAUAGGAACAUGGCAGUGAACCUGGUGAAUGUAAAAUAGUUUAAAUAAGUACUUACCAGAGGAAUUAAUUUCUAUGAGGGUACAUUUUCAGUUGGCAUCAAUGUCAUUAACUUUAAUGAAGUUACAGAGAAUCUAUAUUAAGAGGGCACCUGAUCCAUUUUUACUCUGUUUUCUAUUAAGAGAGACCAGCUUUCUAGUGAAAAUGUACCUCCUCAGAGAGUAUCUGCUCUUUUUCUCAAUCCCCUUUACAAAAGGCACUCAGAUAACCACCUGCCUGAAUGGAGAUUUGGGCAGAGUAACCCAUAGCGUGUAGGAAACAGGAUGAUAAACAUCUAUUAUCACCAAGUAAAUGAGUAAUUUGGUUCCAUCCCAAGUUAAAAAUAUGGACAUAAUGCCUGUUAAUUUAUAAAUAAAGAAUAAAUGUUUACUUGUCAUAAAAUAGGUUUUUAAAAAA